CAGUAGUCGCCCUGCACUCAGGAAGCUGUGACUUAAAUUAAAAAAUAAUAAAAUAAAUUCGCGGAUAAAAUAAUUAGUUGUUAUGGAUCCUUUCGGACUUUAUGCAACCGGAAUUGUUCCUUAUUCCUACACAUUUAGAAAAGUUGUUGUUCGUGUGGAAUAUUUGCCGCCAUUAUAUCCAAACAUGAUGAAAUCUAUGCCACCUCAACUGCCUCCCAGAGAGCCAAGGGUGAUUCGAUUAACUGUGGACCAGGAAGCUGUCCUCUUGGAACAAUUCAACAGAUGGCCAAAAAUUCCGAUGCACGCUGAUAUCGUUUUAUUGGCAGCAGAGACUGGUCUUUCUGAAGAAGAUGUUCAUGACUGGUAUACCUUGAGGCUAUCACAAUUGAGGAAACAACAAGGCCUGGGCGGAAAUUUCUCACUCAAUAAUUGAACGAAAAAUUAAAUAUUUAAAUUGCUUCGUUUCUUCAUUUGGCACUACAUUUUUCAAAUUACAGUUCUUCAGAUAAAAAAUAAAAUUUUGAAUUUGAGUCAAAAUUACUCUUGAAAAAGAUUUUCAACCUUUAACAAUGGACGUGAUUUCAUUUUCGCCACUGUAUAUAUUUAUAACUAAUGAAAUAAGUAAAGAAAUCUUUGUAAUAUAACUCAUACAAGUAUAUCAAAGAACACUAUAUUAAGUAAAAAAUUAAUACAUUUUAUGAACUUUUAUUAUUGAAAAUCUUUUACAUCAGUUUACGGAGAGACCCACAUAUCAGAAGUAUGGUGCGGUCUGUGAGACCGCACGGCCACAUUUAAAGGUUAAUUUUCAUCAAGUGCCUCGAGAAAUGCAACGAAGUAUAAAAAUUAUACAAAUUAUGUGCAAUCAUAAAAAAUACGUGUACCUACGGAACGUUAAUUUUUAGAAUAGUUUAUUGUUGAAACUUCAUUACAAUUAUUAAUUAUAUACGUAAGUUCUCCAGAUAAAAAUAUAUACAAGUUAAGCGUUUUUAUUUUAAAAUGUCGAUACCAAAAAUGUCUUCAAAAUAUUUUUGACUUCAAGUGGCACAUUUUAAAUUCUGAAAUAUAAAGUGUAAUUUUGUUUCUUCGCCACUGAAUUAUAAUAGAAAUGUCAGCCAAUUAUUUAUAUUUAUAUAAAUCUGAACUCAAAUAUUUAUUGUACCGUAUCCAUCUUUCAAGCAUACUAUUUUAUUCGAAUACUCAUUUGAUUGUUAACUCACAGUAUUAUUUAAUUCGAUUUUAAGAAAAUAAAUAAAAUAUGUAAAUUAAAA